CAUUUGUCGUUUGUGAUUGACCCAUUGCCAUUGGUCAAAAAACUCAUGCUCAAAUCAAAAUCAAAAAUCACUCAAAAGUCAAAACUUCACAAGUCAAAAAUGUUGUUUUCAAAGUUGAUUUUACCACGUUUAUUUUUGUAAUUAUUAAAAUGUUGUAGUUAAAAUGGAAAUUGAUUAAAAAUUCAAGUGCAUUAUAGUUUGUGUUAUUGAGUUUUAGUUCGUUACUAUCAUCGUUACAAUAAUUAAAGAUUGUUUUUAGCCCUAUAAUAUUUAACCUAUAACAAAAAUGAAACGUAAAAAUACUAGCUUAGACGAAGAAGAGAAUAGAGUCUCAUCACUUCUCUUCAAUAAAUCAAAAAAGUUCACAGAAAACAUCUCAUCCCAAGAAAAUGAAAUUGAUGUUGAUAUAAAACCAGCAUGGGUUGAUGAAGAUGACCACCAGUUGGCUGCUGACAUUAUUACCAAAGUGAAAAGUGAUGGACUUUAUACUCAGAAACUCAAACAGAAAUAUGAAGUCUUGGUUGGUACACCAAAGUGGGCAAAAAUUACAAACCAAAAGGAUGACAGCAAUAAAUUGACAAAAACUGUGGGACACUUGAAAAAAACUAAAUCAAGAGGUUUAAAAAAGGGGAUUUUAGAAAUCCAUAAUUUUCCUAGAAUAAAUUCUAAAAGCAGAAAUGAGGGUCGGCUAAUAACUGCAGUGGAAUUUCACCCGAAACUGAGUGUUGCAUUGGUAGCAGGCCAAUCUGGUGUUGUAUCGUUAUUUUCAAUAGGCGGUGAAGACAAAAACAAGCUCCACAGCUUCCAAUUAAAUCGCUGGAGAGUCUCAGCUGCUCAGUUUGACCCUGACGGAACAGAGGCUUUCAUAACCUCAAAAACAAGCCAUGACUACUACGUUUACAAUCUUGUUAAAGCUGAAGCUAAAGCAGUACAACUACCACAAGCUAUUAAAAGAGCUACAAGCUUCAGAUUAUCACCUAACGGAAAACUUUUAGCUGCAAGCGACACGUUCAGUGAGAUAUACAUAAUAUGUGCGAAAUCAAAAGAGUUACUGAAAGUACUAAAAACUAGUACUAAUAUUGAGUCUCUGGCAUUCGAUCACAAUUCUGAGAAAUUGUAUUCAUAUGGUAUUAGUGGGGAAGUUACCAUUUGGGAUCUAUCGACUUACAGAGCAAUUAACAAGUUUGUGGAUAAUGGAUGUGUGACCGCGUCGUGUAUGGAUAUUAGUGCUUGUGGUCAGUUAUUGGCUACCGGUAGUGCUGAAGGCAUAGUCAAUGUCUACGAAACACAGAAGUUGACAACUCGUGAUCCGCUGCCUUUGAAGGUAAUAUCAAACCUUACGACAAAGAUUACAAAUUUAAAAUUCAAUCCGACUACAGAAAUAUUGUGUGCAUCGUCAAGUUUUUAUCCUAACGCAAUAAAACUUGUCCACAUACCCUCGUAUCAUGUGUUCAGUAACUUUCCGCAACGAAAUGUUCAGCAAGUCGAAACCACCAGUUUUUCACCAAACAGUGGUUAUAUGGCACUGGGAAAUAAUACAGGCGCUGCUUACUUGUAUAGGUUAAAGCAUUACAAGAAUUAUUAAAAACUACAAAUUAGUUUUGUUUAUAACACAUUUGCUCGUAAAGUAUCGCUUUUUUUUGCCACGAUUCACUAUAAUUGUUUUUCUAGUUUUCGAAGCCUUUGCGAUCGUAGAAAGAGUGCCACUUGGUUACAGGGGCUAGUGUCGCCAGUUGUCCCAGUCCUGUUUCUUUCGUCCCAAUGCAAUGAAAGAGAAAGCAAAGUUGUGCCGCUAUUGGUUGAAUUUUGUCAAUUUCUCGUCACGAGAUAUUUAGUGGCGCGUACGUUUUAAGCCUACUACUGGGCUAACCAAGCGAAUCCGAAAUAAUUUGGCAUUAGUAGAUUUUAAAGAGGCAUUUUUUAUGCUACAUUUCUUAAUGAAUUUUUAUUUUGACGUGACAACGUCUUAUAAUUCGAUGGAGCCGGCUGCACGCUCGAAGAAGAUGACGUCAUGCGUCAUUCCCUCGCUCUAGGGUUGCCAUCUUUUUACAAGAAAUAAAGUAUAUUCUGGUCUAUUAAAAUUAAUAAACAGUAUUUUAAGAAAACUGACAUUUUCUUUUGAAAAAUGCAACCAUUCCAUCAGUAUUUUCUUAAGACGUUGUCACGUUCAACUAUCGUCAGUAAACCGACUUUACAGACAACCGUUUUUUUUGUUAUUUUUGUAUUGACUAUAUCGAUUACCGCGGCGCCCUUGCGUAUCCCGCCCGACACCACUGGUUUUCGCAUUCAUACCUUAUUUGUAAGUGUGUAAAUAGUUAAUAAAACCUGUUUUAUUUUGAAAUAAAAACCUUUUGAAUUUU